CAGCAGACAUCACUGAGGGUUUUGACCUUUAUCGCGUUAUUUCCUUUGAGGUUUUAUUGGUUUCAUUUGAACCGGCCUCAAGAAAAGGAUAAUAUUAUUAUUUAGACCAAGACCUAUAUGUGUUUUAUUUCUCAGUAUGCCGCCGGGAAAGUCGGAUAUGUGUGUGACACGGGCGGAGCUAUGUGUGCUGCUGUUGAUAACAUGUGUUAUUUACUGUGUACACGGGUUCAUGGAUGAGAGAGACCUGGAUGAGCGGAGGCUGAACCACGACCUCUUUCACAAGAACAGCUACAACAACCUGAUCCGCCCAGUGGUGAACGCGUCCGAGUCGCUACAGAUCAACUUCUCCCUGGCCCUCAGCGCUAUCAUCAAUGUGGACGAGAAGAACCAGAUGGUCAUUACCAACGUCUGGUUACAGAUGUAUUGGUUUGACUACCAACUAACCUGGGACCCGUUAGACUAUGGGAACAUCACAGGACUGAGGAUAAACCACUCCAUGAUCUGGAUUCCUGACCUCGUACUUUUUAACAAUGCGGAUGGCAGGUUUGAGCCCACCUACAUCCCCAACUGUGUGGUGGAGUCCUCGGGGAAGAUCACAUUCAUCCCGGCUGCUAUCUACACGUCAUCAUGUACGAUUGAUGUUGAGUAUUUCCCCUUUGACCAACAGGAAUGCGAAAUGAAGAUUGGGUCGUGGACCUUCGAAGGCAAGACGCUGGUGUAUCAGCUGGUGGGCAAUCGUAAGAUUGUGCUCACGGACUACAUGAAAAAUGGCGCCUGGGACAUCAUGGAUUGCCCAGGCAACAUAACCACUAUAGACGACGCCAUGACGGGGCAGCCGAAGGAGAUCAUGAUUUUCACUCUGGUACUGAGGAGAAAGACGCUCUUCUACACAGUGAACUUGAUCAUCCCCUGCUUCCUGCACGCCAUGGCCUGCCUCUGUGUCUUUGUCCUGCCCGCCGACGGUUGUGAGAAAAUCACACUGGUCAUCUCAGUGCUCGUCUCCAUGGCCUUUCUGCUGCUCGUCUUGCAAAAGAUUUUGCCACCGUCAAUGACCAUUCCCCUGAUCGCCAAGUACUUUGUGUUCAGCUUCAUGAUGAACGUCCUGGAGAUUGUUGUGACCGUCAUAACUAUCUUCGCCAAUCACAAGACUCCUCGUACUGACGUCAUGCCCAAGUGGGUCUGUUGGCUGUUCUUGUACAAACUGCCCAAAUAUCUGUUCAUGGAGCGUCCGGACCACGACACGAGAUGGCAACAGAAGAGCUGCACACCCCCGCCCUCCUACCCAAGCACUCCGCAGGUUCCACGAGCACACAUUCUGCCACGUGAGGUGAUGGACAUGAGACUGAAAAAGCUCAAGAAAUCCCAGCCAUCAACUAGCAGGGACAGGUCAGGAACUAGGGACUACGACCGUGUAAACAACAGACGUCACCAGUUCAGUACCAGUCGUUCUCAUGGGCUUAUGGCGUCAUCCGCCUCUGGAAGUCGUGCAUCUGCUGAAGGAGGCAGCCCAAUGGUAGACUACAUCCACGAUCUCCCUACCAAUGGCCAUCACUGCAUGCUGCGGGACUCCGGGGCCUCCCAGUCAGACGACAGCAUGGACGGUGACGUCACUCUGGACUUCCCGGCAACGCCCCCUCGCAGAGUCAACCCUCUCAUCAUGACCAAAGAAGUCUACAGCGCCAGCAACGCCAUCAAGUUUAUUUGCAAUCAGAUGAAGAAUAAGGAGGACUAUGAUACGGUUCUCGACGACUGGAAGUACAUGGCCAGCGUGCUGGAUCGUCUGCUCAUGGUCGUCUACGUCCUGGUGUCUCUGGGCGGGACACUCGGGGUCCUGGUCAACGCACCACACAUCUUGGAGACAGUGGACCAGGACAAGGUCAUAGAGCAGAUCAAGAACGCUGUCAGGGUGGAAGAUUGAGUCCUGAGUCCUGAG